UUGAAACCGAAAGUGUUCACUUGGUAGAAGAACAAACACAUCUAACAAAAUAACAUCAUCGUCUUUGGAAGAAAGAAUACGUUUAUUCCACCAAAACAGUACUUAUUGCUUAGCAAGAUCUCGACCAGAAGGAAGCUAAAAUGUAUUCUCCUUUGUCUUUUCAGAUCAAGUGCUCCGUGUGUUUGAGUGAUUUUACGGAUCCAGUGACUCUCUCUUGUGAGCACUCGUUUUGUCGGGAAUGCAUCACGGGCCACAUGCAGGCCAGCCUGGGACCAAACGCCUGCCCAGAAUGCCAAAGGCCUUAUAACGCAGAAGACCUGAAAUCCAGCCGUUUACUGAGGAACAUGACCUCGACAGUGAGAGAGCACCUUGCCGAGCAGAAAUCGGACAGAUACUCAUCUAAAGAAGGAACACAAACCUUAAAUUCUCCAGAAAUGGAAAGGACGCUGAUGUGUUCUGAACACGAUGAGAAGCUUAAGCUAUUCUGUGAGACUGAUCAGAAGCUGGUGUGUGUCAUCUGCAGGGAUGGAGACAAACAUAAAGGCCACGUCUUUAAACCCGUGAAAGAAGCUGCGCAGAUCAACAAGGGGGAGCUGAAGACUGCUUUGGGUUUUCUUGCCAAAGAAAAUGGACAGUUGGAUUACAUGAUACAACAACAGACAACUGAGAUCACCAAAACGGAGGAUAAAUCCCAAACCUUAUCAGCCCAGAUCUCUGCUCAGUUUGAAGAAAUGCACCAGUUCUUACGACAAAAAGAGGACGAGGUGAAGAAACAGUUGAAGGAGGAGGAAAAGAAAGUUGUAGAAGUCAUGCAGAGGAAUCAGUCUUUUAUAAACAAAAGAUUUAUGGAGAAUAAAGAAAAGGAGAUUAUUCUGCAGUCAGCACUGGAGAUUGAUCAAUCCGAUCACUUUCUACAGUGGUGGAAUGAAAAAGGAUUUCCAAUGACAAAAAACAUGAAGCAAAAGGCCGCUGUCACUCCAACAAAUAAGUAUAUGUCAAGGGUGAAAGAUCUUACUGUUCUUCCUGAUUCUCUCUUUCUUGGCCCCCAUGAAACUCACCUGCAGUUCUUUGUGUGGAAGGAGAUGCUGCAAUCUAUCAAAGCAGUUCCUGAGAGUUUAACCCUGAAAAACCCUGGAGAGUCAUACUUAAAAGUGUCUCCAGGGGGGACCAGAAUCCGACAAGCUGACAGAAUUUCUGGUCUGUAUAAAGACUUCAACCCAGGUACAGUUUCAGUGGAAAACUUCCAAACUGGCCAGCACUACUGGGAAGUAGAGGUGGAUAAAAAGCCAGACUGGACUGUGGGAAUCAAGAUGGGUGCAGAAAAACCGACAACAAAGUCAGGCGAGAGUGAGAUCCUGCUCCACCUUAAACACAAUAAAGGAUACGUUCUGUCCUGUGAUGGAAAGGACACUCCAUUAAGUUCUCGAGACAAACCACAGAAAAUAGGGUUGUAUCUGGACUGUGAGAGAAAGCAGGUGUCCUUCUAUAACGCUGACAACAUGUCUCGGUUGAUCCAGAUAAACUACAGCUCAAAACAGCCUUGCUGUCUCAGUGUGGUGCCAGGACUUUAUCUGGAUGGAAUGAAUAGUGACCCUCUCACUGUCUGCUCAUAUGAGUUUAACUCUGGCAGACAGUAGGCUAACAUGCAGUUACUAUCUGCACAUUUUUCUAGACAGGAUAUUGUUAAACAACUGUGAUAUCAGACCGAUUGAUAUCUGGGUCAUCAAAGAUG